AUGGUAGUAAAACCAAAGGAAGAACAAUUGCCCAGCUUUAUCUCUGAAUUUGAAUGUUGCUUUGGAGAACUUGGUACUCUGCCCAAAGUUCACAAGAUAGUUAUUGACCCUAGUGUUCCGCCAGUUAUUCACCCUCCACGACGUGUUCCUAUAACCAUCCAACCUAAACUUAAAGAAGAACUCGACAGAAUGGAGAAACUCGGGGUUAUAUCCAAAGUCACUGAGCCGACAGAUUGGGUUUCAAGUCUAGUAGUUGUUGAAAAGCCAGAUGGAAGUAUUCGUAUUUGCCUUGAUCCGAAGGAUCUGAACCAAGCCAUCAAAAGAUCUCAUGUACAACUACCUACCGCAGAGGAUAUUAUCUCAAAGAUGACUGGUGCUCGGUAUUUUUCAAAACUGGACGCUUCUUCAGGGUAUUGGCAAACCAAGCUUGAUGAGGAAAGCUCGAAGUUGUUGUGCUUCAACAGCCCGUUUGGACGUUAUAAGUUUAAUAGAUUACCUUUUGGUGUCUCAAAUGCAUCCGAAAUUUUUCAGUUGGAUAUCGCAGAAAUUAUUGAAGGUAUCGAAGGAGCCGCAAACGCUCAAGAUGAUAUCAUAGUUUGGGGUGACACAAAAGAAGUCCACGAUCAACGUCUACACGAGGUGUUGUCUAGAAUUAAAGACUCUGGUCUCAAGCUGAACCGGAAAAAAUGUCAAUUUUGU